AUGCUGGUCGUGGACGCGUUGGAGGCGGCCAUCCGGCCGCUGGGCCUGCCUGAUGUGGCGCUGUCACCCAAGGGGGUGACUGUCGCGGCCCUCGGGCUCGUCGUCGCGCUCAUCCUCGCGUGGGGGUGUCGUCCGAUCGUCCUCUCGAUGACCAAGUUCCGCAACGUGCCCGGGCCGCCCCCCGAGCUCUUCACAGGCAACCUCCGCCUGCUGCGCAAGUACGGUGGCUUCCACGAGGCGCUCAUCAAGCUCCACGCCCAGCACGGCGAGGUCGUGCGCCUCUUCCUGGGUCCCUCUACGCACUUCCUGGCCUUCUGCGACGCGCGGGCCUUCCACCAGAUCGCCCGCGCCGACCACCGCUCCUUUGCGCACCGAGGCGACGGGUUCACGCGCCUGUUCCCGGGCUCCGCGCGCGAGCGCCGCAUUGAGGCCAUGGGCGUCGUCUUCGAGCGCGGCGACACCUGGAAGGGCGUCCGCGCGGUGUGGGCCGCGUUCCUCGGGUCAGACUCCGCAGUGGAAAAGUACACCGACCUCAUGAACACCGCCGUCGACGGCCUCCUGGCCGUGCUCGACAGCGCGGCGCGCGACGGCGCGCCGAUCGACAUUGCGCGCGCGUACGGCGCGCUCACGAUGGACGUGGUGGGCCCCGCGGCGUUCGGCGUCGAGUUCGGUGCACAGCGCGCCGCUGCGGACGGCGCGGCGGGCGACACCGAGAUCCUGCAGGCGGCGCGCGAGUUCUUCAACACGUCGACGGUGAUGCGGACGCCGUACAUGACGCUGAUCGCCAUCUUCCCGCCCCUGCGGCACCUGCUGCACCCGCUGGCGCGGCACGUGCCGGACGAGCGCCUGCAGCGCAACCUGCGGUGCCGGGCGUACCUUACGCGGAAGGGGGAGGAGUUGCUGGCGGCGGCGGAGGGGCGGGGCGGGGGCGGGGGCGCGCCGGCGCCCGGGUGCUUCCUGGCGCGCAUGGCCGCGUCGAAGGACCGUGGGACGGGCGCGCAGCUGUCGCGCGACCAGGUCAUCGCGCAGGCGCGCACGUUUCUGCUGGCGGGGUACGAGACGACCGCGAGCGCGCUGGCCUUCGCCACGUACCUCCUGGCGAAGCAUCCGGAAGAGCAGGAGCGCGUCGCGACGGAGGUCCGCGAGGUGCUCGGCGGCAGGACGCCGACGCACGACGACAUCCCGAAGUGCACCUACACGCGGGCGUGCAUGAACGAGGCGUUGCGGCUCUACCCGCCCGCGCCCAUCACGGCGCGCUUCGUGACGGCCGACACAACGAUCACGACGAGCUCCGGGGCCGAGUACCGCGUCCGAGAGGGCGACCGCGUCAUGAUGUGCAUCUUUUCCGCGCAUCGCUCGCCGCGCUACUGGACCGACCCGGAGGCGUUCCGGCCGCAGCGGUGGCUGCCCGACGGGCUGGACGGGAGCGGGCCGGAGCCCAGGGAGGAGCUGGCGUACAUGCCGUUUGGCGCGGGACCGCGUGGCUGCAUCGGGAAGCAGUUCGCGCUGGAGGAGGCGAGUCUGACGCUGAUGCGGGUGCUGGGGGGGUAUAAGCUGGAGCUGACGCCGGGGCAGGAGGAGCUGAAGAUGACGGCGGGGCUGACGACGUCGCCGGCGGGCGGAGUGCACGUGAGGCUGCAGCGGCGGUGA